CUGCCCAACAUCCGCCGGAAGUGCGCGCAGAGGCUCCCGGGAACCGGUGGCCUCGGCGUCUGGUAUCCGGAGCCUCGAGAAUCGGGUGGUUCCGCUCCACGCCGGAGUCGCCCGCCGCCGCGAUCAUGGUGUUCUACUUCACCAGCAGCGUUAACUCAUCUGCUUACACUAUUUACAUGGGAAAGGAUAAAUAUGAAAGUAAGUUUUCCAAAGCAUUUGAUUUUGAAAUUUCCAGAAGAUGAGGAUCUAAUAAAGUAUGGCUGGCCUGAAGAUAUUUGGUUUCAUGUGGACAAACUCUCUUCGGCUCAUGUAUACCUUCGAUUACAUAAGGGGGAGAGCAUAGAAGACAUUCCCAAGGAAGUAUUGAUGGACUGUGCCCAUCUUGUGAAGGCCAAUAGCAUUCAAGGCUGCAAGAUGAACAACGUCAACGUGGUAUAUACACCGUGGUCUAACCUGAAGAAAACCGCUGACAUGGACGUGGGACAGAUAGGCUUUCACAGGCAGAAGGAUGUGAAAAUUGUGACAGUGGAGAAGAAAGUAAAUGAGAUCCUGAACAGAUUAGAAAAGACCAGAGCGGAGCGGUUCCCAGACCUAGCAGCAGAGAAGGAAUGCAGAGACCGGGAGGAAAGGAAUGAGAAAAAAGCCCAAAUUCAGGAAAUGAAAAGGAGAGAAAAGGAAGAGAUGAAGAAGAAGAGGGAAAUGGAUGAACUUAGGAGCUAUUCAUCACUAAUGAAAGCUGAGAAUAUGUCUUCAAAUCAGGACGGCAAUGAUUCAGAUGAAUUCAUGUGAAUGAAGAGAUGGACCUUUUAAAGAUGUGAAUUUAGGUACAAUUGCAGGCGUUUUGAUGUCAUCCAUGCUCUGAGUUAAGAGAAACAAACAACCUCAGUCUAUGCAAAUAUCAACUUGGGAGUGUUUUUUAAAAGGUGUUCCUUUUUUUGUUGACAGAAAAGGAUCAGAUAUGUAUGUGUGUGUGUGUGUGUGUGUGUAUAUAUAUAUGUCAGAUACAGUUGGACUUGAAGACGGCAUAUAACUUUAGGAAAGUGAAAAAAUUUGUGCCCGAACAUAUCUUGGUAGCUCAUGAAAGUUGGCUGCCCUUUUUCUUGGAAUAGACUUUAGAACGAACUACUCUGAAAAGUAUUUCUGGUACUGUGGUUGAUCCCUGAAAACAGAUGUCUUGAAAAGCUUUUUAUAUUCUUAAAAUAGCUUCACUUCUAUUAAAGAGAAUGUAUUGGUGAACAAUAUAUAGGAAAUGUUCCUCUCACCCUCAAUGUCCUGAUUAAAAAAAGAUGAUGGUGUGUUUUGAAGAUGAUAGUGAUAUUUUCAUUCAUGUUCCAUGGUGUUGUCUAAGUCAAUUAGCAGAGUUGUCCUCAGCAAUCAGCUUGCCACAUCCUUAUUGUCAGAGUGAAGGCCUUCUAGGUACCAUCAGACUUAAAGAAAUAGUUGGUGUUAAUCCAGGUUGGCCCUUGUGUGGCAGUUUUUCCCAAGUAACCCAGGCCACAGAGAUUACAGCUUCCGGGCCCUGGGCUCAUGUCUCAGCACUGAGGGGAGAAAUCGAAGGGGUGCUCUAGGAAUUGAUGUAGGUUUUGUCUUGGAAUACAGCAUAAAGCAAAAGUCCUCAUUGCAAUUAUGUUUUUAAAAAGAAUUUAGCAUUUCACUAGCCAGCAAGUAAUUUCUUUAUUUACCCUGAAAUAAUAUUUAUUUUGCUUUGUAACCCAGAGUUCAGAUUUCUCCAUUGUAGAUCACUAAUGUAUUAUGUAACAGGACUACUCAUUCAAACCACCUGCUUUCCAGUGUGAUUCUGAAUAGAAGAUAUAUUUUUAUUGAAGUGUGUAAGAGAGCCCCUGCAGAAAGAACAAAGCCUGCGGGCCAGGAGGCAUUCAAAUUCACGUUUUAACCACACCCAGAACUGUAUCUGCAGCAAUCGUACUCUUGAUCUAACCCAGCAACAGUGACCUCCAACAAAUCUAUCUGUAAUAACACCUUGGGACAGAGACUAAAACCAGAAGACUUCAGUGUUUCUCUUUAUCUCCAGUUGGGGUACGGGGUUGAACUGGAAAACUCCGAGGUGUAAGUUGGCCAAAUUUUGAGACAGAGUAUGGGAGACAAUUCCAGAAAUUGUGUGUGUGUCUAAUGAUAUUCAGCCUGGAGUUCUGUGAUUUAAAUAUACGUAUAAUAAUAAAGAAUAUUUUUUUAAUUUGGAAAGACAUUGUUAGAAUUUGCUUGUUAUCCCUAUCCUCAAGUUGGUUUUGAGAGCCUCUGGCUAUAAAAACAAAACAAAAAAGUCAUCUAUCAUGGGUUCAAUGAUGCAUCUCUCCCCAGAGGCCCACUGGGUCAAAGUGGAUGACCUUUUCCAGACACACUGUUGAUUGGAUGUAGGUCAAGCAUGUCAAACUCAUGGCCCGAGGGCUGCAUGCCUUAUUUAUUUGGCUCAUGUUAGCAUUAGAGUUUGACAUGCGUGGUGUAGGUGCCUGAGCAGUACCUGUGCUAUCCUGCCUGGUUACUGGAAGCACUUGUUUAACAUUGCUGCAGCCUCGAAAGGGGUGGAUUUUGCCUCCAGCGUCACCUGUGUCACCUCAACUUUCUGCUUCUCAAGGUUUCUGUACCCCACAUUACAGCAUAUAUAGUUAGAGGUUUUUGGAAACUACAUGUACUUUGGCUGUAGUUUAAGGGACCCAAGGGUCCAAAUUUUAAAUGUUCCAUAACUCUCGGCUUUUAAAUGUCAGAGGCCUCUCUUCUGAAUUCUCCAAGUUGAUUCAAAGCUCAAACCUUUUCAGCUGCUCUGUGCUAUUCGGCCGUUGCCUGUGCCUGUGUGCUGGGGAGUUUUCCCCCCGGGUCUCUUGGUCCCAGAGAAAGCAGGGAUCUUCUCUUUUGAGAACAUUGGUUCAGAGUCAACAGGUCAGACUCUUGGCACUGAAGUCCUUUCAUUUCUGGCCGCUGGCAUGUUUCCUAAACUUCCUAUCGGAAAAUUCCAAAUUAGUGGUCUUUUAUGAGCGGUGCCCUUGAUCAGAUUUGUACAUCCCAAGGAUUUCUCUUUCCAACUGUCUCCAGUUUCUGUACUCUGUUAGAUCUGCAUGCAGGCGAGGUUCACUUUGUCAUUUAUUUCACAAACUGCUCUAUUAUAUUCCUGUAGCUUUAGAAUUCGUUUCUUAUACGCCUUUGUGGAUCUAGAUCACAGUCUUUGGACAAGAGAGCUCUGUCUGAGUGCUUGGGAAGUUACCAGCAUGGAAGGUUUGUACAUUAGCAGGCAGCCAUAGGCUGUAGUUGAACCCUUGCAGUAUCUUUUGUUAUAUUUUAAUUUCUUGAAGCAUCGGUUUGGUGAGCCUUUUUUUAAUUUUUUUUUUAUACUGUUUAGUGCCAAUGGUUUUCCCCCCUCAGGAAGGAAGGGGCCCACGCAUACAUCAAGAUUAGAAAGGGAGAGUUCAGCUGGCCUCCAGGUUAAAAGCAGAGCUCUUCCUCCCAUCAGUCCAAGAGGGGAUGCUGUUUUCCAGGCUGGAGUAGGUUAUGGGGAAAAACUGAGCAGGACAGAGAAAUGAGCACUUGUCCAGCCUUCCUGAGCUGUGAUAUCGAAGCCUUCUCUUUCUCUGCUGGAUUUGAAGCAUGUGCGCACUGUGUGUGUAACAAGUCCCAGACUCAGAAUGAUCAUUGAAGAAUGAGCGCAUGACUGAUGUUAAAGUAGAUCGUGAAACAAACUGUAAGUGUAAAAUGUAAAACUUAAAAAGUCCAAGCUAAUAUCAAUCUUGGCCCAGCGAGUAUGUGACGACCCCGAAAUGAGGACAGCGCUGCUGGCACCCAGCAGGCUCACAUUCCAGUGUGGCAAAGUGGGAGCUCUUCGCUGCCGGACACCCGUGGGCCUCGCCUGGAGCAAGAGACUUGAUUGCAUUGUGCCAUUUCACAAAUGAGGUGGUGCCAACUGCCUAUUUACCAUGUCCUGGAUGAAUGAUAUGUAAAAUAUAAUAAAAGCUUAUAGUUUGAGUA